AUGGCUCCUGAACAGCAGCGAGACUCGAGGACUGCUCCCGGCUCCGACGUGGCCCUGCCUGAUCCUCCGCCAAUUCACCCGUCCUUCAUCCAGGUAGCAAAGCCGUAUAUCUUCGAGCAGACCAUCCAGCAAUGCCUGGCCGCAAUGGGCGUCAAUCCUCUGCGUGAGGAGUCUCUACGUCUGCAGGGCGUGACCUGGAUCGAUAAUGUUCGUCGGGCGCUGAAUCUGCCGAUUCGAACAUUCAAUACUGCAGUGGUAUAUUAUCACAAGUUCCGGCUGAUACACCACGACACGGACUACAAUAAUAUGGAUGCUGCCGCGGCUGCCCUGUUUAUGGCCUGCAAGAUCGAAGACACGCUCAAAAAGUCGCGUGAGAUUCUAUGCGCGGCGUAUAAUCUCAAGUUACCGCAAUCAGAACACAUCUCUUCAGAUAAUCAGAUACUCGACGAACCCGCCCGAGGCAUCAUCGGCCUCGAGAGACUCAUGCUCGAGAGUUCCGGUUUCGAUUUUCGAACGCGGCAUCCACAAAAAACUCUCAUAAAGCUGGCAAGACAGUAUAGACUUACACCUCAAUCAGAAGUCUCGAACGUAGCCUACCGCAUCUCGCAAGACCUCUAUCGCACCUUUGCGCCGCUCAAGCAGACGACAUCUACGAUGGCUUUCAGCUGCCUGGAGCUCGCCGGACGCUUACUGGAACAACGAAUCAAGGAGGUUGAGCUUGGGACAGACUACGCGAGAUGGAGAACAAGCCGGGAGGAGGUUAUGGAAACUCUACUUGACCUCCUCGAGCUAUACACACACAACCGCAGUGCUACGACCGUCGGCCCUCAUUUUCCCGCUGACCGCUUCCUCACCGUACGCAUUCCAUUGAACAAAGAGGCAGAAGAACAGAAUCUCCCGCGGUACACCAACUCGAUUGAUGAAGACAAACUCACAAAGGACUCGCGCAAGGGACCAGCAACCAACAGCUCAAAGACGGAAAAAGGAGCACCGACGACUGGGGCUCUUCAUCACCCUCUCAUUCCAGUUACUGCCAACGGAGAGCGCCCAAAGCCAGGAGAAAAAGGCCGGGACGCAGCAGUGCGGUUUAUUGUCGAUUCUGAAUACGCGGCUGCUGAAAAGACUCAGGUCGCUGAAUACUUUAAGGUUGAGAUGGAAGAGUACGAGGUCGAGGAAUGA